GUUGCAACAUUCCCCAACUCUUUUUCAGUAUCCGCAGUACCUUUCAGUAACCUUACCCGCUGACAAAUUUUCCGUCACUUUAACAAUUCAGAGUGGAAAUUAAUCAAAAAAUUACCUGCCAAAUCGAAUAAUUAUUUUGACGAUGUCACUGCAACUGCCGCCCUGCCCUCCUUCGCUAAAGAACAUCCAGCAUUAUUUGAAGACAGCUAGUGAGCAUGAAACAAGGGAUCCUGUUGUCACAUACUGGUGUAGACUUUAUGCGCUUCAGACUGGUUUGAAACUGGACAAGAAGUCGAAUGAAGCCAAGGCUUUGUUAGUCAUGUUGAUGGAUUGGUUGGAGACGCAAAAAAAAGCCCUUUCUGACAAUGAAGCCAUCACUAAUGAUGUCGCCGCACAGGCUCAUAUCGAAAAUUAUGCUUUCAAGAUUUUUGUAUGGGCCGACACGCAAGACCGUUCCGGCGUGUUUAAUAAGAAUGUAGUCAAGGCGUUUUACACUGCCGGAAUGGUAAUGGAUAUAUUGACCAUAUUCGGCGAGCUCUCUGAGGAGGUAAGCUCGAACUGCAAAUAUGCAAAGUGGAAAGCGGCCUACAUCCACAACUGCCUGAAAAACGGCGAGACACCGGUGGCCGGACCGUUCAAUGUCGAUGAAGACGGACAGAUCCAGAUGGACAACUCACCACCGCAAAACAAUUUUUUCAACACGCCCACGGUGCCCGAACCUGAUAGGAAUCCAUCGCCUGCAGUCACACCUCAGGAAAAUUUCAAUUUUGACGUACCAAAAGUGCCGUCUAGUUUGCCUGAUGAUAACUCACAAAAGUUUACACCCGUUACGCCUCAACAGCCGAUAAUGCCUCUACCACGUACAGAGAGUGGCAUCCCCCUGGAUCCAACGCUGAUAACAAAAGCACAAAAAUACUGCAAAUUUGCUGGCAGCGCUUUGAAUUACGAUGAUGUCUCAGAGGCAAUUAAUUAUUUGCAAAAAGCCCUAAGACUACUUCAGACCGGGCAAGACACUUAAUUUACCAAGUAGAUAUAAUCAUUGAACUAUUUAAACCAUUGCUUCUUUGUAAAUAAACAUUUUCAGUUAAUAUUUUUUCCCCUUUUGUUAAAGCUUAUGUAAAUAAAUUGUAUUAUGUAUAAAAAAUAUCUUAAAUAUAUAGCCCAUGAUUUAAAGUAAAAACAUACCUAGAAGGAAGUUAAAAAAUAAAAAUUAGGUUCAUAUUUAUCAUGUAUUUUUUUAGGGUAAAAAUUUUCCUGUGUAAAGGAACUUUUUUUUUAAUCCUAUAAAUCACAUUAUAAAGACGUGUAACAACUUCUGAGCAAUUACAUUUUAAAAUAACAAUA